UUUAUCCAACAAAUCUUCAAAUGGAACAUGAAGACAAUUUGGAAAUUCUUGAAGGGCAGCCUUCAAGUGUUAACUUGGUUGAAACGGUAGAUCCAUUGGUGGUUGGGCAAACUUUUAAUAGUUGGGAAAGUGAAGACAAUUUGGAAAUUUUUGAAGAGCAGUCUUCAAGUGUUGUAGUUUGUGAUCAGAACUUGGUUGAAACAGUAGAUUCUCCGGCAGUUGGGCAAACUUUUAAUAAAUAUAAUAAUGGAGUCUGUCGAAGCUGUCGAUAUGCCUGUGAAUACCAAGGUUGUAAAGCUGUGAAGAAAAAGACUAAUAUUGUUGAAAAUCAAUGGGAAACACAAAGUAAAUGUACAGGGUAUCGUUGGCAAAUUCGUGCAAGUUGUCCUAAAACAACAGGUAUAUUAAGUAUUAAUUCUCUUUGUUUGAGUCAUAAUGACCAUUCAAUAAAAGAUGAAACCAAUAGGUUUGCUGUAAAAUAUCAUGCGUUUACUAAAGAUAUGUUAAAUGAUAUCAAGUUUUGGACCAAAACUGGCAAUAUUACUAUGAGAACUCAGUAUCAAAUGUUGAUAAAUCGAGUUUUCACUGCUAAAAUGCAGUCGACACAAUGUGUGGAAGGUCAAAAUGCAAUUAUAAAAAAUUCAGUAAAUGGUAAUACAUCAUUAAUAAACCUUGCAAAGCAUAUUGAUGAACAAG